GCCAUGGUCCACCUCAAGCUCAACGAGCGUGAGGCGAAUCCAAAUCCCCUCAUAAAUUUCAUAACACCUUUGCCGAUGGGUGCAUCUGCCGCAGAAGAAGACGCGAGACAGUUGCUCAGAGCUCUCGCCGCACAGGUGAAGCCCAUCAUGAAGGCGCACGGCUUCACCGUAAAUAGCUUUGAAGAGUACGAGCACAACAAAGUAUUUCUGGGACGCAACUGGAACGCCGGCGAAACUAUUGAAAUCGUAUUACGCGGGUCUGGUGGAGUUUUUCUGCCAAUCUACGCGUUAAUGAGCACAUUGUGCCACGAGGUUGCGCAUAUCAAGCAUAUGAACCAUGGUCCCGGUUUCCAAGCACUGUGGGCUCAAUUGCGACGUGAGAUCCGCGAGCUUCAGAAUGAGGGUUACUACGGAGACGGGUACUGGUCCUCCGGAACCCGGCUUGCGGAUUCAGCGCCCGUUGGUGGGGCAGGGAUCGACGGGGGCGAUCUCCCCGAGUACCUGUGUGGUGGCGCCCAUUCGAGAGCCCGUCCCGCCUCCUUCAACCGCCGCCGACGAAGACGACAAGCAGGCCCGUCGAAUCACACCGGCGCACAGACGAUUAAGAAGCGAAAGGCGGGGUCUCGCGUUACUGCCAAGAAUGCUUUCCAGGGUGGUGGCAAGGCUCUCAAUGAGGACAUUAAAGACGAUGACGAGAAGAAGGCCGGCGCAGGCUUCAGGAAGAAAGCAGGAAGCAAACGAGCACGAGAAGAACGCGCUCUGGCUGCGGAGCGUCGCCUGCUGGCUCUACAGCAAAAACCCAGACAGCCUUCCGCUGAAAUAGCACAGGACGAGGAUAGCUCAGACCUAGAGGACGGUCCUGAGGCGCAGGAGACAGAUUCAGAUCGCCGUCGCACUAUGCUGGAGUCGAUGACUGGAGACGACGACAUGAGCAAGCUUAAAGCGUCUUUCAAGGACUUCGAAGACGACUUUUUGCCACCGGACGCUGGGGGUUCAACCUCACACGCCAACCCUGAUAUGCCUUGUGACAUCCAAAGUUUGCCGAGAACUGGUUCCACAUCAGCGGCGUCCUCUAGCCGGCCAUUGAAGGGCAAGGCGCGCAUGACGGAUGCUUCCUUAAGCAGCAAAGACCAAAGAAGCAUAACGGAUUUUAUUGACGUGGACUCGGAUCGACCAAGCAAGAAGCUGAAGCUUUCAUACGGUGCCAUUGUGAAAGACGAGGUUAACUAUCGUAAGAAGGAGGCUCUGGGAAUGCUGGGCAGUGGGAGGGCUCUGGCGGACAGCUCCUCGGCAAAUCGAACGCCUUCAUCAACACCUACUGCCGUCGAAGGGCCUAGAUCGAACUUGCUGGACCUCAUUCCGGGAAAUUCUUUGUCGAAACCGUCAGCUCCAAGCGAUAGUUCCUGGAACUGCUUAGUAUGCACUUUGUGAGUACCUCAGCCCUGAACAGGCCCCUCCUGUACCGUAGCUGAUAAAG